GCUGGGUGAAUGUACCGGGCGGGCUUGGGGGAAAUCGCCUGGGCCUGAGGGAGGACCGAGAUUAGAGCGCAGGCGGGCGCGGCGUUGGUUCGAGGCGGGCAGCCGGCCGGGCACUUGGGGCGAAGGGGUCGCGGGGCUUCUCUUCAGGGCCUUCCUUCGGAGGGGCGGUGGGUUUUUUUAAAAGCGGGCUUCCUGGCUGCAUUUUUGGGAGCGCGAGGCCGGGCCUAGGGGGGGGCUUAGCUGUGCUCUGAGGAGGGCCCAAAUAGACGGAACGCGGGCAAGGUGGGCCCGAGGGGCUGGAACGACGCCAGGGGAAGUUUGCGUCCCCCCAGAAAGUGGGGAGGGAGAAUAGGUUUAGUUCGGCGGUUUUGGGGGGUAACUUCUUAGAGGGCGGCUCAGCUGUUCACAAAGGGGGUGGGGAGUCACAUUAGGGGUGGGCUGCGCGCAAGAAAGGCCUUGAGUGGAGAGAAGCAGCGUUUUCUUCUUUCUUUUUAAGGCAUCGAGGGUUUAGCCGUCGAGAAGGAAGGAAGGAAGGAAGCUUCCGUUACAGUUGUGGGGAGGUAACGAAUUUUGGACUGGAUCCCCCUGGGUUGCAGCAGUGCUGAGUAAUGAGGGGUAGAGAGUAAUAGGACACAGAGACAACUGAGAGAGGAGAUUUUAAAGGGGAACGUUAUUUCAUUUUCAUCUGUACAGAGGCGUUUGUAUGAGGUCUUUUAUCUAGGGAUUCGUUUAGGGUGUCUGAGCUUAAGAUCCAUCAAGGGAUAAAAAGUAUUGGUACAAGGACUAAAGAUCCCCAUUUCAUCUCUCUUAAACUGUGGUAGCAUUGCAGAAUUUGGGGAGCUCUGCAGGGGAUCUGGGACCUUUCAUUAGAGAAAUCUCUGCAAUUAGGUGGCUUUCUUGUCCUUCUGUGUUGUGGGCAAAUUCUAGUCUUGUCACUUUCAGGAACAGGCUGCUAGUUUGUAGUGCAGAAACAAAGUGUUCCCUGGGAAGUAGCUGUUUUCCUACAAAGAGGGUUAAGAGCAGGGUUGUGGUCAGGUCUCUGGUGUUAAGGAACACCUUUUGCAUCCUUGAGGCUCUGCUUUUUGUUUGCUGACCCGCGUUCCAGACCAGUCAGAGGCCAUGCAGAAAGAGGAACUAGGCAUGGAUGAGAAUCGCAACCCAGAAGAGGAGCUGCGGCUUUUGGGGGGGAAGAAGGAGAAAUGCCACAACCUCAGCAACCGCAUCCGAGCAGGGGGUGGAGCAGAGCUGGGCUACAGGCCAAGCCAGGUCUCCAGAGAAGGUUCGUGGGAGUCAAAUGGGUAUACCGCACCCUCCGACAUAGCUGAAGAGCCCAGUGUUCCCUUGAGCCCUUCUAACAGCCUUAAUAUCCGCAAUCUCCAACUCUCUGAACGGGACCCUCCGGUUGCUCACCACCCCCGUCGCUACCCUCAUCACUUCUACCAUGGUCGGCCCUUCCAUGCUGCCUACCGGAAGACCUACCGGGGCAGCCCCUCAGAUCGCAAGGAAUGGGGCCCCAGCACCAACGGCCACCACUGUGCUCCUGAGGGCAUUUCUAAUGGGCGAUGGCAGCAUCGACGCCGUGGCUAUUCUGACCCACCCUCCCCAUCAUCAUCUCCUGAAUCAGAACGAGACAGCACUGUCAAAGCCAGUGAGAAGCCUGCCAUUACAUCUAAUCCCACCAACGCAGCCACUGAGGAUUCUGGGAAGGAAACAUGGUCACUCUUCCGCCCCCUUCCUGCUUUCCCGGUUGAUAGCAGCAGCGCCCGGAUCAUCCCCAAGAUCUCUUAUGCUAGCAAGCUGAAAGAGAACUUGGAUCAACCAGGGAAAGCCUGCCACGUUCCUGCCUCAGCAGUCCGCACCACUAAUAGCCUCCCCAAUUGUGUCUUGGCGCCACCCCCGAGCAGUCCCCCGCCAUCUGACAGCAGUCGGCGGCAGCACCUGGGAGCCAUCUUUCAAAAUGAGUGGGGCCUCUCCUUUAUCAAUGAGCCAGGAGCUGGGCAUGGAGGGGGUGGUGGGACGGCACCAGAUAAGGAUGUAGAAGAUGCAGACACUGGAGCAUGCUGGGAGAAAAUGGAAGCUGACGACUGGCAGGCUGCAAGAAAUUAUCACUUGGAAGAAUGGAGUCAUAUAUGGGAGCUACACAAUCAAGCUCCUAGCAGAGUGAUGGUCUACACGGAUACCUUGGAUGGGAAGGGUUAACUCCAAAAAAACCCAGGGGAAGCACCGCUAAGAUGUGGGGGGCACAUGGGGAAGAAAGGCAAGGCGCCCACCCCACCCCCUUGAAGACUGGAGAAGCCCAGGCAUCUUGAAAGGGGAAGCUAUGCUACCUGCCUACCUCCCUUCCUUUGCUGUUAUAGCCCAAAUUGUCCUGGGUGGGACUGAUGUCUCACUUCCUCCCCCCUUUCUCUCUCUGAUUUAAUGCUCUGGUUUUUAAUUUCUUCACAUGGUUUUUAAUUUCUCUGGAUUCCCCUGAAAAUAAAGGCAAAAAAAAAGAAUUUAUUUAAAUUCA